CAGAACCAGAACCACGACCAGGACCAGGACCAGGACCAGGACCAGAACCAGAACCAGAACCAGACCUGGAUGUGGAUCUGUAGACUGGAUUAAAGCAGCCAAUCAGAGAGGAUUAUCUGGGUUCAGGAUGCCCUCAGAUCUGACUGCAGGACUUGUCUUCAGGGUUCUGCUGCCCCUCACUCUGACUGCAGCGUGUGUUUUGCGGUUUAAUGGAUUCUCUCUGGUCUACGUGGUCCUGCUGCUGCUGCUGCCUCUGCUGCCAGACCCUUCAUCCUCCUCUUCAUCAUCAGGUAACGUAUGUCGCUGUGUGAUGGUCGUCUGCGUCUCCAGUUUCCUCUUCCUGUUGCUGCAGUCCUUCUUCCAGAUGACCAUCGCCACCCUGCAGCCAGAGUCCAACUGUACGUCGUGGCAGACAGCUCUAGGUCAGCUGGGCCUGGUGAGUCUGACAGGAAGUGAUGCCGGCUCAGCAGUGAGACAGAUCUUUCCAGAUGUUGGCGUGCUCGUCAUCAGUGUGCUGACCUGGAGGCUGAUCGUAAGACUGAACGCCGACACACACACGCAGCCUCAGCAGCAGCAGCAGGACCGGGAGGAGGAUCGGAUGUCUGAGGAGGACUCUGUCCUCGGAGACGAGGAGGAGGAAGAGGAAGAAGUCACCAGAAACAAGUUACUGGUUGAACUGGUGUUACUGGUCGGUAAAACCAGACAGAUGGUGGAAACAAUGACGACGACUGGAGGGAAAGUCGUGCUGACAGUUCUGCUGGGACUGACAGGCAUCAUGUUCCCCUCCCUCUCCUCCCUCCCCUACCUGCUCUGUUUUCAGGUGUUGUGUACGUGGUGGGCAUGGUCCGGCCAGGUCCCGCCCAUCCUCUUUAGGUGUGUGUCCGUGAUAUCACUGCCCUACUCCGCCUCCCACUUCCUGCUCCUCUACAGCUACCAGCUGCCCUCGCUGCAGGAGGCGUGGCCUCCAAACCGCACCUCCGCCAGAGUUUUUGGGAUGGUCCCGGCCGGCUCGGUGGACUGCUCGGCCCCCUGGAGGCUGCAGGUGAACUCUGAGCUCAGCUGGUUUCACUUCUGCAGUCCUCUGAUGCUGCUGCUGCUCUACAACACCGUGGCCAGUCUGUGGAGGAACCAGCUGAUCGGCGUUGAUGGGGGGCGGGGUACAGAUAGGACAGAGUCAGCGAUCAGCAGGAGCUGUGACAUCACUGCCACCAGCAACCUGAGUGAUGAUGUCAGCGGUGACAUCACAGCGGAGAGACGGAGAGAGCUUUGGAGGAGAGCUCACGAUCGUCCCGAGAGCAGAGACACGCUGGCGUCCUCCACCAAUCACAGUCCCUCUGACUCUUUUGCCCCGCCCACCCAGAGCACAGCCCUGGGAUUGGAUGUUUACUCCACUCCUCACUACUCUCUCAGCCAAUCAGACACUUUGGAGACGUGUGAGUUUGAAGGAAAUGAAUGGGAGGAGGAGGAGGAGGAGGAGGAGGAGGAGGAGGAGGAGGAGGAAGGGGUCGGUGCUGCUGCUCUGGCGUUCAGCUUCCUCCUCAAACAGAGCUACAUCUGCGCUCUUAUGGCCAUGAUGGCCUGGCCCAUCACGUAUGUGUCCUGGCUGACAUGCGUCCUGCUGCUGUGGUCGUGCAUCCUCUGGAUGAUGCGAGAGCGUCGCCGCUACACGCUGAUGUCAUCACCCUGGCUGGUCGCCUACGGCAACCUGCUCGUCGUCAUGCAGUAUGUCUACAGCUUCCCCUCCGUCCAGGAAGUUCCUGGACUGUUCCCGAGAAAAGACGAUCCCUGCAGGGAGCUCGCCUCAAAGUUGUUGUGUCUGUUGACCUUCUGGCUGCUGCUGCGUCAGGCGCUAACUGAGAAGAGAGACAGACAGAAAGACCCACAGCUGUCCACCAUCACUGUCCACACAGAGGUGGAGCAGCGUGCUUGUGACGAUCUGCAGGAGAAGAAGAAGGAGGAGGAGGAGGAGGUGUCGUACGAGGAGGUGCUGCGCCUGCAGAGAGGAGGAGGAGGACUUAAGAUGGAGGCUCUUGUUGCAGUGGUUACCAGGAUGUUUGUUAAAUACUGGAUCUAUGUCUGCGGAACGAUGUUCUUCUUUGUUAGUUUUGAAGGAAAGAUCGUUGUCUACAAAGUGAUCUACAUGGUGAUGUUCCUCUGCUGCGUCGCCCUCUACCAGUUGAACUAUGAGCGUUGGCGUGCCAUGCUCAGGGGUUUCUGGGUAGCUGUGGUCGUUUACUCCAUGUUGGUUCUCAUCCUGGUCUACACCUUCCAGUUCCCCUCGUCCCCCGACACCUGGAGCUACUACACUGGACUCAGCACUGACAGGUUGGAGGACAUCGGGUUGGAGAAGUUUUCUGUUCCUGUUCUCUUCACCAGGAUCUUCAUCCCUGCUGCCUUCCUCUUGGUGUGUAUCGUUCACCUGCAUUACUUCCACCAGCCCUUCCUGCAGCUGACUGAUCUGAAGACUGUGGUGGACACACACAACAGCACCAUCACCAGGUUGGUCCACUCUGACGGCAGCCUGUUCGACCUGUCGCUGGGCGGAGCUCCUCCACUCCUCCUGGAGGAGAAGAGAGGACAGACGGAGACAGAGGAGGAGACACAGAAGGAGGAGGAGGAGACACAAAAAGAGGAGGAGAAGGAGGAGGAGACACAGGAGGAGGAGGAGGAGACACAGAAGGAGCAGGAGAAGGAGGAGGUGACACAGGAGGAGGAGGAGAAGGACCCCUGCAUCUUCGAGAGGGAAACCCUGUCUGACCACAUCAGAGGGCUGGUGUCCUGGCGGUUGGUGGUGGACCGUCUCUCAGUUCUGUCCCUGCGUCUCCUCGUCUCUCUGCAGCGCCUCCAGUUCGUCCUCUGGUGGAUCCUGGAACUUCACAUCGUCAAGAUUGUCUCCUCGUACAUCAUCUGGGUCUGUGUGAAGGAGGUGUGUGUGCUGAACCUGCUCUUCGUGCUGUGUGUUGCCGUGGCGAUGCCCUGCAGGGCGUGGCGCCCCCUGCUGUCAGGAGUCUGUACUGUUUGGACCUGUGUGCUGACCGUCUCUAAGAUGUUGUACCAACUCAACGUUGUCCAGCCAAUCAGAUACUCCUCCAACUGCACAAUGCCAGGUAACUCCAGUACGGACCUGUCUCGCUCUGGGCUGUACUCUGGGCCCGUUGACCCCGCCCAGUGGGUGGGGCUUCAGAAGACGGACGGGAAGCUGCUCGACUACCUGCGGUCUAACCUGACGAUGCUAGCGCUGUUAGCCUUCGAGGUAACCGUCUACAGACACCAGGAGCUUUACCGUCUCCGCCGUAACCAAGUCCCGCCCCCAACCAGAACGCUGUUUCAUGACAUCACUAGGCGCCACCUGGACGACGGCGUGCUGAGCUGCAUUAAGUACUUCCUCAACUACUUCUUCUACAAGUUUGGACUGGAGACUUGCUUCCUGUUGGCCGUGAACGUGAUUGGUCAGCGGAUGGAUUUGUUUGCUGUAGGCCACGCCUUCGGCCUCAUUAGCGUCCUAUCACAGCGCGACAGGAAGCACAUUGCCACUGUGUGGCCCAAGUACUGCUACUUCCUGUCGGGGCUGCUGUGUUUCCAGUACCUGCUGUGCAUCGGAUUCCCUCCGGCUGCCUGUAAAGAUUAUCCCUGGAGACCUCCCAACUCCAACAUGGACUCCAACGUGGUGAAGUGGCUCUUCCUCCCUGAUUACCUGACCCCCCCGAACCCCCUCUUCCUCCUCUACGACUUCCUGCUGCUGCUCGGCGCCGCGCUCCAGCGGCAGGUGUUUGAGGAGGAGAGCCAGCCGGAGGUUCAGAUCCUCGCUGGAGACAACUUGGAGCUGGACCAAGACGACGGACACGUCUCUGAUCCAAUCAGACGGCUCCGUGUCAACACAGGCCCCGACUUCAUGCUCUGCAGGUCUUACUUGGACAUGAUGAAGCUGAUAAUCUUCAGCUACAUGUUCUGGUUCGUCCUCACCAUCAUCUUCAUCACCGGGACAACCAGGAUCAGUAUCUUCUGUAUGGGUUACCUGGUGGCAUGUUUCUACUUCCUGUUGGUGGGCGGAGACCUGCUGCUGAAACCAAUCAGAUCCAUCCUGCUGUACUGGGACUGUCUGAUUGGCUACAACGUGUUCGUCAUCACCAUGAAAAACAUUCUGUCGAUCCUGGCGUGUGGUUUCAUUAAGUCCUUGGUGUUGAACCACUGUUGGCUGAUUCAGCUCUUCAGUCUGGCCUGCACCAUCAAAGGAUACACCAAACCGGAGCAGCAAAGCAGUAAACAGUGUGAGUUGCCGAGCGACGAGGCUGGCAUAAUCUGGGACGGCGUCUGUUUCUGCUUCCUGUUGCUGCAGAGGAGAGUCUUCAGGAGUCAGUACUUCCUGUAUGUGGUCCUGGAUCUUCAAAAUACACAAUUACUGGCUUCCAGGGGUGCGGAGCUCUUCGAGGCGUCCACAGUGAAAGCUGUCAGGGCGAGACUGGAGGUGGAGAAGACGUCCAUGGACCUGCUGAAGAGACAGAUGGAGAGAAUUAAAUACAGACAGCAGAAGUUCCGCAGAGGAAAAGAAAAAAUGUUGAGUUUGACCCAAGACAGCUUCCACACUGAUGGUCCGGAAACCAAGAAGGGUCAGCAACGAAAAAAGUGGUGGAGACCCUGGGUAAACCACACCUCCAUGGUGAGGAGUGGUGACUACUACCUGUUUGAGACAGACAGUGAGGAAGAGGAGGAGAAGGAGGAAGAAGAGGAGAAGGAGGAGGAACUACCUGACAAAUCAGCCUUCCAGUUUGUUUAUCAUGCCUGGAUAACAGACUCCAGAACAGCAAUGAGAGCUCGCAGCAACCAGAAGAAACAGUGGAAGAAAAACUCCUCUAAACGAAGGAGUAGGAAGAAGGAGAAGAGAGAAGCAGCGGGAGUUAUAGAAGUGACGGAGGAGACCGAGGAGGAUGAAGAAGAGGAGGAGAAAGAGGAGGGACCAGAAACGGUGUUGCGUCGUUUUUCCAACACGAUGCGGUUCUGUUGGGUUCUGCUGUCGGCUCUGCUGGACUCUCUGACUACCUGGCUCAGCAGUCUGUGUCAGGAACACAUCGACAUCUCCACGGUCCUCCGCAUUGAGCGCUGUAUGCUAACGCAGCAGGCUAAGCAGGGUAAUGUUCCCUCCAGAGAGGCAAUCCACGUUUACUACCAAGAACAGAUGAUGAAAAGCUCCAGAGAGUCAGGCCUGAACUACAGUACCCAUGAGGCCGAGGGGCAGACCUCAGCGGAGAGUGGAAGGGAAGAGGAAGAGGCAUUGGGUUCUGAUACUUGUGAAGAAGACGCAGGAGGUCAAAUAGCAGAUAAGAAACCAGAGGCUGAACCAGGAAGAGAUUAUCCAGAUGAACCAGAACCAGUAUCAGGAGCAGAAGGUCCUGAUACAACAGAACCAGAACCUGUUUCAGUCAAACCAGUUACAGGAGAGGAAACCUCGGGGGCAGUGGAGGCUCCAUCCUCAGAAGUUAAACCACAGACAGCAACAGCAGAAGAUGACCCAGAAGGUGAAUAUUGCCCAGAAUGCCUAGUGACUAAAACCAGCCAAAGAUGGCGACCCAAACUGUCCAGGAUGGAGAGAGUUGAAUGUUCGUCCUCUUCAGAGGAAGAGAGUCGUUUUCACAGUGGUGAAGACUCAAACCAGCAACUUCCUGUUGACACACAGCCGACUCAGACCAGCUCCUCCUCCCCCACCUCCCCGUCCUCCCUUCUCCUCCCCCCUUCCUACAGCCUGGCUCUGGGUCUGGACCUACAGGAGGAGGACCCUGGGGAGGGAUUCAGGAGGCGGCUGCUGGUUCAGACACCGGGGGAGAGGAGUGAGUUCCUUUCCGACUCGGCCUCCACUUCCUGUCUGCUGCAUUCUCGCACUCAGGAGCUGACAGCCAGCGAGCUUCUAAGGAACAGGACUUUCCACAAUGUGGAGCUCGAGGCAUCAGACUGUUUCUAUGCCAACCAACACCAGCUGCUCCAGCUAUGCUACGCCCUCUACAACAUCAUCGCAGCCAGGUCGGAGACGGUGUGUUACCUGGUCAUCGUGUUGAACCACAUGGUGUCUGCCAGCUGUCUAACGUUGGUACUUCCUGUUCUGGUGUUUCUGUGGGCCACGCUGUCCGUCCCUCGACCCAGUAAGACCUUCUGGAUGACGGCCAUCAUCUACACUGAGGUUACCAUCGUCAUCAAGUAUUUCUUCCAGUUUGGUUUCUUUCCAUUCAACCAAAAGCUGGAGGUGGACCGCUCCAAACCGUUCCACCCCCCGAACAUCCUGGGCGUGGAAAAGAAGGAAGGCUACGUCCUGUACGACCUUCUGCAGCUGCUCGCUUUGUUCUACCACCGGGCAAUACUAAAGUGCCACGGACUGUGGGACCAGAAUGUUGCCACGGAGACAGACACUCUCCAUCACCACGACAACCAGGUUGACGCCGCCCACGGUGCUACCUCCAUCGAUGUGGCCGGCUCCGCCAGCACGCUGCGCCGACGCGGCCGGAGGCGGACGCGCUCCAGCUCCACCCAGCUGCGCUCUCCUGCAGGCAGCGUGAGUUCCAGAUCUCAGCCACCCGGCAGGUUUGAUCUGCUGCUAGAGAAACUCAGAGAACUUUCCAUCAGAGCCAAGAAGUACUCUGUUAGCAGGUGCAUGUCUCUUUACCAUCCGGUCCUUCAGUUCUUCAGAGCUCUCGUCCAACCAGAAUACAGCGCCGUCACUGAUGUUUACGUCCUCAUGUUCCUCGCCGACACCGUCGACUUCAUCAUCAUCGUCUUCGGCUUCUGGGCUUUCGGAAAACACUCUGCAGCUGCUGACAUCACUUCCUCCCUCUCAGAAGACCAAGUUCCUGAAGCUUUCUUGGUGAUGGUUCUGAUCCAGUUUGGCACCAUGGUGAUAGACAGGGCUCUGUAUUUGAGGAAGACAGUUUUGGGGAAGUUGGUCUUCCAGGUGAUUUUGGUUUUUGGGAUUCACUUCUGGAUGUUCUUCAUCCUGCCGACGGUCACUGAGAGACGUUUCAAUCAGAACCUGGUGGCUCAGCUCUGGUAUUUUGUGAAGUGCGUGUACUUCGGUCUGUCGGCCUAUCAGAUUCGAUCUGGUUACCCGACUCGAGUUCUGGGAAACUUUCUGACGAAGAGCUACAACUACCUUAACCUCUUCCUGUUUCAGGGUUUCCGUCUGGUUCCCUUCCUGACGGAGCUCAGGGCGGUGAUGGACUGGGUCUGGACGGACACCACUCUGUCUCUGUCCUCCUGGAUCUGUGUGGAGGACAUCUAUGCUCACUGCUUCGUCCUGAAGUGCUGGAGGGAAUCUGAGAAGAGGUACCCUCAGCCUCGCGGCCAGAAGAAGAAGCGUGUUGUGAAGUACGGGAUGGGUGGUCUGAUCGUUCUGCUGCUGAUCUGUAUCGUUUGGUUUCCGCUGCUCUUCAUGUCGCUCAUUAAAUCUGUCGCCGGAGUCGUCAACAAACCGCUCGACGUCUCUCUGACCAUCACACUGGGAGGCUUCCAGCCGAUCUUCACGAUGAGUGCGCAGCAGAAUCAGCUGAAAGAUCUGACGGAGGAAGACUUCACUUUCUUCACCAGCUCCUACAGCUACACUCCUAGUGCCUUGCAGUUCCUGGAGGCCUAUGGUCCGGAAGAUGUGACGGUGGCCGAGCUGCAGGGCAGCAGUAACUCUCUGUGGACAAUCAGUCCUCCCAGCAGGAAGUACCUGAGCCAGGUGCUGGACCUGGACCACUUCCCGCUGACGCUGUCCUGGACGGUUCAGAGGAACUUGAGUCUGGGGACGAAGGCGGAGCUUGCAUCAGGUAAACAUGUGACCUACCUGGACGACCAGACUCGCCUGGAGCUGAUCCAGCUGCUGAACGGAACCAGGACACGUCCUGUGGUCAUACAGGAAGUGUUUCCAUGUUUUAUUCGAGCUCCCAGCGACUCCAACGCUAAACCCAUCGAACAGCUUUACACAGAUGGCCGCUACAAGGACAUCCUGCUGGCCCUGGAGCGGUCGACCAAUCAAAGCCAAGAGAUCCAGGACUGGUGGAUCGUGGACCAACCAGCUGCCAGCCUGGUGCCUGUCGGGGGCGGAGCUUUGUUCACUGAUAGAAGGGAAGCGGGGCUUCAGCUGUUUGUGUUCAGUGAUAAAGUCAGUCCUCCGAGUCUCGGCUUCCUGGCUGGAUACGGCAUCAUGGGUCUGUACGCAUCGGUGGUUCUGGUGAUCGGGAAGUUUGUGCGGGAGUUCUUCAGCGGGAUCAGUCACUCCAUCAUGUUCGAGGAGCUGCCGUGUGUCGACCGCAUCCUCAAACUCUGUACCGACGUCUUCCUGGUGAGAGAGACAGGGGAACUGGAGUUGGAGGAGGAGCUUUACGCCAAACUGAUCUUCCUUUAUCGUUCGCCAGAGACUUUAAUCAAAUGGACGCGACGCUAACCUCGUCGACAGUUACUACGGCCGCAGUGACAUCACAGACUGUGACAUCAUCACUGACUGUGACAUCAUCACUGACUGUCGUUUCUGAACACGUUCUCCAGGAGGAAACGUCAGUGACAAAAACAGGA